ACGGAUUUUUAAAAACUGUAUUGAGAUGUUUACACAAUUCUUUAAUUCGUCUUUCUGAACAAAUUGUUUAAAAUUAUUGGAAUUUUGUCGUAACUAGAAUAGUUUUACAUAUCGAACACUAAGUUUGUUAGGAAAGUAAUUUCGUCAAUAACUCAAAUUUUCAUUUCUUUCAUUGUAUACUUCCUAUUCCUUUCGUCUCAAUAGAAAGUUCUGCGUUCUGCACCCCGACGUAAUGGAGUUGAAAUUUUUUCUGCUGUGAAAAGUAGGCUAAGCUUAUAUUCUUGUUCUACUCUAAUUCAGAAUGCUGGAAUGUGUAGUUUAAUUUAACUAUAAGAGGGGUAUGCUGGUGGAGGGCCAUGGCCGAUUUGGUGCGGGGACUCAACAACUCGGACUGGAUGCCCACCGCCUCACCCUCACCCACCGCCUCCCCUGGCCGCUCACGUGAUGGCAAACCUCCUUACAGCUAUGCCAGCUUGAUUAGAUUUGCAAUCACCAACGCUCCUCAAGGCAAAAUGACCCUGUCUGAGAUUUACCAGUUUAUAAUCCAGACAUUUCCGUACUACAGGGAUGCCACCACGGGCUGGAAGAACUCCAUUAGACAUAACCUGUCACUGAACAAGUGCUUCACAAAGGUGGCCAGGCCCAAGGACGACCCGGGCAAAGGUAGCUACUGGGCCAUCGACUACUCCCAUGCUCACGAAGAGACCUUCUCCAAGAAGAAAGUCAAGAUGCCAAGGGCGUCUCCAUACAGCCCCGAGUGUAACAGCAACAGUAGUGAUAGUCGGCAGAAACCUGCCAGUGUUACACCGACACACACGCCUACAGGUGGCGAAGAGUUCAGUCUGGGUGACUGCGGAGAGGUGAAGGCUGUGAUCUCAGGGCUGCUGUCGCAUUACGGGAUGGACUCUCCCACAUCGCAGGGGAGCCCUAGUUACUACCAGGGGGCGGAGGGGGAGGGGGUGGAGCAGUACUCGCACUACCCACAGAGUUACAGUUACAACUACGACAGUUACAACAGCCAGGCCCCCGGCUACAGCUACCAGGAGGACUGGAGGUACUACGACAACGGCUACUACCAGCAAAGCUACGGUUACGACCAGAGUCAGUACCAGCAACCGCAGUAUCAGGCCGGGGUGAACGGUUACGGCACCGGCACCACCAAUUGCGCCUACGCGGACCAGAACUGUUAUGUCCCGAGCAGCCACCCGAGCUACACGAGCGAGGAGAACUCUUGUGAGGCCUACGUCUGGGACAGUGUGUCAUAGCGGUAGUUUCCGGUAGACUGUUAUUUUCCGAGAGUUCUGCUUGUAUUUUCGUCUGGGUAGCUUGGCGAGUGGUCCUUGAUAAAGUGUUCAAAUUUUAACGUUUACCUCAAUUUUCAUGAUCUUAGUGUCGUUAAGGAGUUUAUUUUAAAGGUACAGUUAACCAGCUAGUUAGCACGAGUUAGGUGAAUAACCCACGGUUUAUUUGUUUAAGUGUUGGUAACACUGUCUGAUUUUUAAUCUGUUUUUUAAAAACACAACCUGUUCAGUGCUCAGUUAGAUGUAAUUAAAAAAUAUAUUCUAGCUACUUUCAUUUCAGUUAUAGUGUGUGCAUUGAAUUAGAAUUCAAUACGGAUAUUUAAAAAGAAUUAUACGUUUCUGUUAAAUUUAAUAUUUUUAUGCAAGAUUGCUGUAGAAAUAUGAUGAUUUCACAGCAAGUUUCAAUAAAAUCCUGGGUUUUUACCAGAAGUAUGUUUGUAUAUUUUUACUGAAUGAAUGGUGCAGUUAAAGAUUACGGAGAGUCUGUGAGUGCAAGGCAAACAAAUGAAGGCCAGUUAGGGAUCUCCUUGACAGUAAUAGUCGACAGCAAUAACGAAUGCUCGUACUCUUGUUAGCUUUAAGUAGUCACCGACCUAAUUUUAAAUAUUCUCUUGUUGUUCUGUGAUAAUCGUUUACUCAUAGUUAGCCUAUUUAUUUACAAUACCACCAUUAAUGAGAUCUUUGAUAUUUUGUUACUCUUGCCAUUUUAUUUACUUUCUUGGGGUUAAUGUCCGUUUUCAAAAUAGGGCGUGCAAUAAUCACUUCUUCAAACGUUUAAAACUUUCAUUCUGUAUUAGAAAUGAUUGUCGUAAUAUUGAUUUCUAUUUAAACUCGUUUGAGACACUGUUGGUGCAAAUAAUUCUGAACAGUUGAUCUUUGUUUUUCUCUUUUUAAAAGUGAAAACUACUGUUUGUUUUGUAACGAACAAUGUACAGAAGGUUGGUGCCAUUUUUGAAAGCGGAAUGAAAAAAGGAUGCUUUGUUUGUUUAAAUAUUACGUGUUGUUUAUUAUUUAUUAUUGGUGUUACACUGUUUGUUCACAAAGUAGUUUUGUUUAUGUUGAUUUGUUGUAUUUUAAUGUUAGUUAUUAUAUUUCCAGAAGUGUUGCCUGGUUUUCUUUCUGUUCGCAAUUGAAUUGAUUUAAAGUGUGGAAACACAAUUCUUUUUUAAUAUGAUAAAAGUGCAAUAACUCGUUUAUUUUUUGUUAUUAUUUCAAUUGUUGUGACUAAUGCCUUGGUUUCAUAUAAACUAAGAAUAACAAUUUCCAGGCAGCAUUCAAAAUAAAUUUUAGUCUUUUAGAAAUGGUAUUUUAGUUAUUAGUAUUCGGAUCUUGUUUAUUUGAUAGUAUGGCCUCUAAACUAUGAUAUGAAAAUAGGCAGUUUUAAAAUCGUCAGAAGUUUUGGUGCUGUUUUAAGUUAUAAAUUUCAUAACUUAUUACAAAAAAGCUACGAUACACCAGUUCUCGCUUUCUUGUUUUUCUCACAAAACUGUUAAAAUUAGGUAAAAUUGCUUAAUAAAUUGUAUUUAAAUAAUACUUAACGUUUAGUUGGUAAACACUAAACUCUUAUAACAAACGAAUAGAGUAAUUUUCUCCGUACUCAACAGACUUUAAGUUGAGUGCCUUUUAAAGUUUUAAUUUGACAUGUUCCCCAAUUCUCUCAGAUAACAAAAUGGUAUGAUAUUAGUUUAGAUUUUAAAAUUUAACGUUAAUUCUUUUUGAAAAAAUUUAAUCAGUACACCGGGUAAGUCUGCCAUUUUGUCAUUGAGCUUACUGAAGUAAUAUUUUUGUAGUAUUACUAUACACGGGUAGUUUCUUUUUCAAGAUAAAUUUUUAAACCUGUGUUUUUAAAAUUUUUUAAGGAUUUUCUUCUACAUGUAAUCUAUGGGAUAGUUCCAUCAUUCUUCAUGUAUUUAACAAUACAGGAAAGUUUGUAUUGUAGAUGUUUAAAUGUACUCGUAUGUGGACUUUCACUAUUCUCAGUGGUGUUAUUUCCUCAAUACUUGAACUGCAGGAGCUGUUUUACAAAUUGAAGGCUGAAUAAAUUUAUCUGUUAUCCGUGAGAAGCUAAAAUAAAGUGAGCUUACAUGAAUUACUCGGCUUUACAGAGAAACAAUGUUAUUUCAAGUUGUCAUAUCAUCGAUUUAUGUGAUGUAAUGUAAUAGCCUUGAAUUAUGAAGAAUAUUUGUUUUCUUUCACCUCAUUCGGGAAUAAACGGGUAAAUAAAGAGUGAGAAAGUGAAUAAAAGGUAAAAGUUCAUCUUGUAUGAAAUUAAACAUUUGAAGUCUUACGAAAAAAUAUAUAAUAUGAUGUCAAUAUUAUAAGUUAAUUAAAUAUUUCGUAGAGACAAAAUAAUCCCUUAACAGAAUUUUCAUCAAGGUAUAGUUCAAUGACAAUUGCAGCAGAAUAAUUACUAGCAUCUGUUGAAAUGUUAUCUACUAAACGUUGUAAGGUUUGUAACUGAAAUAUUCUUAUUUCAGUUUGAAAUCAUCCAGAACUUCUGUCUAUUUUUCACCGUAAUUUACUUACUCUGUUAUAUACUUACUGUACCUAUGAAGUGGAUCUUCUUUCGGUAACCAUAACAGUAUUAAUUUUAGUCUAAUCCAGACUCUAUAUUACAUUCAGUUUUUACAUACCUCUGUUAAACAAUGUUGUUUAGAUUUUUAUUGUUAAGAUGGUUUUAUUUAGUGGAUGUUAUAUUUAUUUUAGUUCUAUACGCAGUAUUGUUUCUGUCUUAGUUACUUUGAAAUACGAGGCUUGUGACAAGUAAGAGGGCAUUAAUACAUAAAUUUACUUUAUGGGCAUUGUUUAGUUGAUAUAGUUUAUAAAGAUGUUAUUGAUUUUAUAUUUUGCAGAUUGUGAAUUUUUAGAGGUGUGUGAGUUUAUAUCUUCUUCAGUGGUGAAUUGUGAUUGAAAAGUAAAACUUGUGAUUAGCCAGUCGUAGCAAGUUAAGUAUUAUUUUAGAUGGGGGACUCCAUCUUCAGUAACUGUCAUGUCGGGCAUCAUUUCAGUAGGACUGGCCAAGCUGCAUAUUAUCAGGACAAGUUGGCUUUGUCUUUAUUCAUCGUUAUAUAACUUUCAAGUUGGCUUUGCCUUAUUUAUCAUCAUGUCACUUUUCAAAUUGGCUUUGCCUUAUUCAUCAUCAUGUCACUUUUAAGUUGGUUUUGCCUUAUUCAUCAUUAUGUCACUUUCAAAUUGGCUUUGCCUUAUUCAUCAUCAUGUCACUUUUAAGUUGGCUUUGCCUUAUUCAUCAUUAUGUCACUUUUAAGUUGGCUUUGCCUUAUUCAUCAUUAUGUCACUUUCAAAUUGGCUUUGCCUUAUUUAUCAUCAUGUCACUUUCAAAUUGGCUUUGCCUUAUUCAUCAUCAUGUCACUUUUAAGUUGGCUUUGCCUUAUUUCAUCAUCAUGUCACUUUUAAGUUGGCUUUGCCUUAUUCAUCUUUAUGUCACUUUCAAAUUGGCUUUGCCUUAUUCAUCAUUAUGUCACUUUCAAGUUGGCUUUGUCUUUAUUCAACAACAUUUCACUUUUAAGUUGGCUUUGUCUUUAUUCAUCGUCAUGUCACUUUUAAGUUGGCUUCGUCUUUAUUCAUCAUCAUGUCACUUUCGAAGUUGGCUUUGCCUUAUUCAUCGUCAUUUCACUUGCACAGUUUUCGAAAAGCACAAGAAGUAGUGGGGGUAGCGCUGUUGUGUUGUAUCAAUGUGUACAGUGGUUCAAUACACUUCUAACUAUGCAAGGCGGAGCACUGUACGUUAGCGCGUUGUCGAGUCGUGACCUCAAAAUUGAGUGUUGUAAAAAAUCACUCAUCAGCUGAGAUUCAUCAUGAAUUAUGUGCAUUUUAUAGGUCAAAUAUUAUGAGUGAACGUAUGUUCAUCAAUGAGUGCAAUUUAAAAAAAAAUGAAAGAAUAAACAUUUACAUGAGGAAGGAGAAUUAGACCUUCUCUUUUCAAUCGGUAAGCAGUUUUGAUACUAGAUGGGCAUAGAUGGUGGUUACUUGGUUUUGUCACUAUCCCGCGUGAAAGAGUGAGAAAUUUAAUAAAAAUGAUGGAAACUCCAUAAUUUUCAAGCGAAGAUUCUCACGAACCUUUUUAUUCACUUUGUACAGAAGACUGCCACAAGUAAAGGCUCAAUUCUUUCUUUACCGUGAAUAUUUUGCUCUUCCAUUUUUUUAAAAUUCCACCCAUUGAUAUACAAAAUACAAAAUCUUCACUCAUAAUGUAUGAUAAAUCUUGGCUGCUGAUUGAAUUUUUACUAAAAGAAAUCUUAUAACACAAGCACUUCACGCUUGGUGGGAUCUUUUACUACAGCACUUGUGUUUCAAGAUUAAACUGGACAGCGCUUGAAAAUACAAUGCUCUGCUUUGCUCAAUUAGAAGUGUACUGAGUGACUAGAGUGUACUAGAGUACACACUGAUAUGAAGAAGGCGGUGCUACGUCUACUUUUUCUCGUGCUUUGUAUACAUAAUAGUUACAUUCUGGAUAACCCUUGUAUCCUUGUUUUAUUGACGAAUCCUGAUUGUAUUAAUAAAUCGAUGUUAUUGACUCGCAGUCUGUGAAAUAUUGACAUUACACGUCUUUAGACUAAUUGACUCGUGUAUCAUUUUCAGUCGAACAAUUUUUGUUAUUUUGUAAACUCACACACCUCUAAAUUUCUUCCUUACCCCAUUGCAGCUUUUAGUUAACUUUGCCAACAACGUGAGUGGCUAAAGUGAAAAGAUUAGAAUUGGGAGAGGAAAUUAACAUUAACCGCUAGAUAAAGUUGCAGUUAGUCUUAUGCUACUUAAUACAACACCGUCAUGUGAUUACAUAAGAGUGAUACCAGUCAAGUCAGCACUGUAUGUACAAGUAAAUAUUACUUCCGCUGUCAUGUUGGGCGACGUGCUUUGAAUUUAAUAACUGAAUGUAAUCAUGGCCGUGGUGUUUUUCAAGAAAACAUGAUCCAAGAAAGAAUGAACGUUUGAUACUUUUAACCCUUUUGAUACCGUACAAUUUUGACCUCCACCAAAACUUAGGGGACAUUUUUCCAUCGAUUUCAGGAAAAAUCAAGUUGUACCUGUAAUGAGCAUGGUCAUUUAUGGCUGCAAUGGACUAAGGAUUUUAUUCUGGUGAUUAUGAUGUAGUUGCCUAUCUGUUCAUGUAAUUUCUUUUUAGCCUAAUUCUUCUCUGGUAAAGUACAUAUAAUUAGUGGACAAGCUUCAAUUUCUCAAAGACCCUCCAAGGGUCUGAGGUUAAAUCCUUCAGACAGUGGAACCUUGAUAAUGUGAAUCUCAAAGUUUGUGAUAGGGAGGUUCGCCUUACUGAGUUGAAAAUGUUAAAAAACUUGAUAUUAUUGAGGUUUGUCACUGAAAUGUGAAAGCUAAUUCCGAUGCUGUGGUGUAUUGAGCUACCUGAAGUCCAUUAGCUUUUCUUCACUCAAAAACAUGUCACCAGACUUUACACUGUGUACAGUUCCUCGGAGAUUCAUAAAAAUUUGUGCUAUUGAGGUUCAUGAAAUCAAGAUUCCACCGUACAACGUUACAACUGACUUUGUUACUGUUUUUGUGGCAGUACUACACCGCAAAACAAAAUAUAAUGUGAUAAUAUAAAAAAAUGUUUUGUUUAAUUUUUUCAGUUAAUUACAAAUUAUUUCCAUAACUAAUGAAAUUGUUAUUUAGCAUUGUAGUUUUUUCAACAAACAACUUGAAUUGUGUAUUGCUUUACUAAUCUAGGCAAAUUUAUCUAUUAUAAUGAUCUAUCACAGGAUAAAUUGUUCAACCGUAAGUAAAUGUUUGGAGAAUGUGUGCUAGAAGUUUUUAAAUCAAUUCUAUUUCAAAGAAAGUAUCUGGAAAAAAUAAAUGUGUCUAUGACAUAGAUGUAUAUUUAUAUAUUGAGUCAGUAUAAGGUGUCUUUUAUGCCUUAUGAUGUUCUUGCGGGAGAACAGUCUCUUAACCUCAAACUUGUGUAAAUUGGAUUUAAGAUGUACAAGGUGCUACUGUACUGGCAAUGCUGAAUGCUUGGUGUUUUAAGAGUGUUCGGGAAAAAACUUUCAUUUACAUAUAUAGAUUAUUUUGAUUCCUAAAUGGGUACCAAUCGAAAAAAGGAAUCGCUUUAAAAAUUUUAGUCACUUAUGUCCACUCCUUUUAUAUCUUUACCUUAAAACUUAAUUUACCUUAAAAAGUAAGCAAUUGUGCACGCGACUCGGUACAAGAUAAUUGGAGGUAUUUAUUUAAGCCCCGGAUCAAAUUUAACAAACUACUAAGACAGGCAAACAAUAAAAACACAAUAAUGAAAUGCGUAACAACGUGUACCGCUUUUCUUUUACUACCCAAUCGGGCACACUACACACUUUAUAAAAGCCCGGUGUGUAUCCGAAGGCAGUAAUGAAAGAUUGUGUGUAUUCAAUGGGGUACACAUCUUUGUGAACGUGUUAAUAUAUAAUUUUUGUUCUUUUGUAUGUUCUGAAAUUUAUAUACACUUUCUCAAAACGCGUUUCUAUAGUAAUACAGUACAAAGCUAAAAAUUUUGAAUUUUUGGACUGGAACCCAUUUAGAAUAUUCAAAACUUUAAUUUAUUAAAGAUGAAAAUAUUCAAUUUAGCUUAUACAUUAUUAUUAUUCCUUUGAUGUAUUCAGGUACCUACAGUAUAUAAGUCAUCUAAGUUACUGGUUAGGCUUUCAGCACAGUAGGCUAUGCAAUACUUUUUAAAGAUCUUGAAAACCACUGAAAAUAUUGUGCCAGUACAGGAGGAAAUAGCCAGUUUGAGGGUUAAUAGACAGAAUCUAUUUUCUAUUGAGUCUUAAAAUUCCAAGGUCAUGUUAACAUUUAAAUUUUACUUAUUUAGCAGGAAAAUUCUAGAUACAGAGAUAAAACUACAUAAAUUCUGUUUCUUUACUAAUCUCAAGAAUAAUAUAUUCAUUUUACCCAUUGAUACCCAAUGUUCUGUUCUAUAAUUUCUCAAGGUAUUGACAGUUGUUGAAGUGACAGUUUCAUAUCACACAAGCGUGUUGUUACAUGUUGUUAAGCUAUAAGCAAUUGCGUUGGAAAUGUUGUUGAUUUUACAUUUAUUGAGCAUUAUUAACCAUGUGAGUGAGUUUGUAACCAAGCAGUUUUAUUUUUAUCGACUUUUAAUAAAAUGUCUAGCAAAGUUGUACGGCCUUCUAAACUGAUUUCUUUGAAAGUAACAAUUUUUCACUGUGCAAAAUGGACAAUGUGUGGUGGAAAAGUUUAUAGGCUACCUAAGUGGACAAAAUGAAAAAUAGACCUAACAAUGAGUUCUGUCUCAAGGAUAUCCAAGUUGUCUAACAUUUGAAAUACUUACAAAUUGUACUACUUGGUGUAGCAGUUGCUAAUUUAGCAUUAUGUUGAACAAAGAUAUUGUUUUUCUUGAUUUAAGAUACCAUUUGAUAUCAGAUACUCCCCUCUUAUUCUAACCUGCAGCAGUUUUUAUUCUGACAAUAGGCAAAGGAGAGUUAUAGGUUUAAAAUGUUAUUUCACAUAAUUAACCCAUUGCAUAUCCUUUUGAUAUGGUUUUGACUGUAGAUGACACGGGUGGGUAUGAAUGAAUUGAUGUAAAAAAAAACGUAUUUCACAUAAGAAGUUCCUUAUAAAAGACAUCAAAUUGGCUGAAAUUUGAUUUUACCUUUGAAAACAAAUUAAAUGAAACAUGCUUUGAACAUCCUCAUUUAAAGUAGAUAGCAAUAGAGUGUGUUCUACAACAUUAAAUAUUUGAUGUUAUAUUUUAUCCAAUUGUCAGUUUUAUUAUAAUAUAUAACAAUAGUAUAAAACAGCAUUACACAAAGACUCAUCCGUGUUAUCUAAUUUCCCUUCUUGAAGGUUACUAGACUCAGCGAAAUUACACAAUCGUUUGAUAAUGUCAUUUCUGUUAUGUUUCACAAUCACCACUCUCCAAUAAUAUACAGUCAACCUCAAACAAACGUAAAUUAUGCUCCAUAAGUGAACCGACGCCAGAACAAAUAAAAAGAAUAGGCUAUCAAGUUAAUUACCACACUUCACUUGCCAUAGUUUUCACUAUUUAAUGAGAUAAGUUGAAAAUCAGUCAGCCAACAAAACAUAGGUAUCUUGUAUCUAGGUACGUUUCAUAUUUGAGUAUUUUACCUCUGCCAGUUCCACAGUAUAUUCGGAUGUAUCUAGUUUGUGCCCUUGAUGAUUGCAAUUUUUGGACAACCUCGUUGCCAGAGGACUAUCUAGUCAAGUUUUGUAACUUGAGUUCUUCACCCAAGUUACUAGUCAACUAUAGUUAAAUCCCAGUCCUUUAAAGUUUUCCAUUAAAAUAUACUCAAUGUUCCUUCUUCCAGAAUAAAUGCAUUAGAAAUAAUUUUAGAUGAGAUAAAAUCACAAACUAUUAUGUUAACAGAACAUGAUACAAAAGAAGAAGAAAUAGAAGGGAUUAAUAUUAAUAACUAUACAGUAAAAGCUCCAUUAAAAAAAAACUGAAGUUUUAAAACUUGCCUAAAUAUAUAUAGUCCUCUGGCAAUGAGGUUGUCCAAAAAUUUUCAAUCGUCAGUAAAAGCACAAGCAUCACAAUCUACAUAUAUGCUGGUCUACUGUAGAAUUGCAAAGGUAAGUUAUGAAACUUACCUAACUUAAAAGAAAAACGUGUCCAACAUGUUAGUGAUUCAGUCAGGAAAUGGAGGAUAUUCACUGCAUGUCCUUUUGCUUUUGGUCUACUUCAUGCAGGAACGUUCUGAGUACGUCUUUAAUCAGCAACAGGUUAAUUCUUGCAGUAAUGAUAUAACAUGAAAUAUUAUUUCAGCAGAUUCAUUCUUUUAUUACAGCAAUGUCAUUUUUUGUAAGUACAAAAGGCACAAGUUUCUUGUAUUAGAAUGUGCAAAUUCAAUCUGGUCUAAUUCAGUUAGAGUAGGAAUUAUUCUCUUGUUACUUCAAACGGAAUUUUUCUGCUUUAAACCUCUCUUCAAAUGAAAAGCCUUGAUCGAAGUUGCUCAUCUAGUUGUCCAUACCAACAGCAUUUUCCAUUCAUAGUUCAAUAAAGUCUGUUCUGUGACACUAGGUUAUAUUUUAGCAGAUUCACUGUAAACUUAGCUGAUAAACUUUAAACUCCGUACUGUAGGAAAGAAAUCAGUUUAGUGGGCCGAAUGACCAUGUAUAAUAAAUGUAGAGUGUAAAGUUUUCUGUCUACGAAGCUGGUGGUUAACCUCGCAUUUUAUCUAGCUCUUUAUCAAAUAUCUUGCUCUCUUUCUCUUUGUAAUCUAUUUAUUCCUUUAUCAAUGUCUCUCCUAGCUUGUAUUGUAUCACUUGCAAAAGUCACAUCUUUAAAUUGCUUGCAAAUGCUCUUUUAAAAAACUAUUAAUUUGAAGACUUGUGUAUAAUCUAUUUGCCUUAUUCUUAUAAUAGAAAAGUAGCAAACGUUUUCUUAUAACAAAUUUUAUAUUAGUAAUUAAUUAAUUUCAAAAUUCUUUAGUAAAUAUUAUUUUGACUGUUUUGAAUAUUACACUUUUAAAUCUCAGGCCUUUUUUUAGAGAAUUUGCAAGCAAUGGCAGUUUUAUUUGUGCACAUUCUUAAACAAUAUUAUAGCAAGUUCAAGCAGUACAGGAUCUCUAUGAUAUAACGAAUGAUAUUAUUUGUCCAUUACUUCACUUUCAACCCGUUUACGUGUGCUCGGCACAUACUUGUUACAUGACUGUUAUAAUAUAUACAUGUGUUUUAAUAAAAAUUACUUUUGUAUUUUA